GCAGGACUUCUGUUGUGGCCCACGCACCCCAACAUGAGGCAUUCACAGACAGUCGCACGCAGCUUCUUGCAACUUUGUUGCCUGGUGGUGAUUUUGGUCACGUGUGAAGCGACUGAGUGCAAGUGGGCUUAUGUCGCGCCCGAACUUGGAACUAGUCGCCUUCUUCUCUACGACGGCAAACCACCGUCCGUCUCUCACAAUGGCGGCGCAACGUUACUGGCGCCGGUGGCGUGGGCGAACUUCCGCGACGACAUACAGAAUAGCGGCUGGGCCUAUCUUGAGGUCGAGUCAAGCCCGAACGCAACGGACGAGGUCCAGGCGUACGCUGCCGGCGCUCUAGAAGCGUAUUUGACGCGCUAUCUUAUGGAGGCCCAGUGGGAAAACAUGUUCGCCCACUACUGCGACAACCAGACGAAGUUCUGCGCGAAACUGUACGACUUCCUGCAGAAGAACCUGGAGUACUCAUACCACAACGAAAAACGCCUGAGAGCCAGUGACCCGUACUGGAACGUGGUACACCUCCAAAUGCGGCAGCUUAGUGGCUUGAGCGACGCCUUCGAGAACAUCACACUUGACACGUCACGGGAGCUUACGAAUGUCACCAGAGCUUUGUUCUUCAGCCUUGUGGGAGAUUUCCUCGACCUUGAAGCAGCGUUGAAUCGCCCUGAUGAUUUCCUUUCUCUGAACCUGGUACCAGCGUGUUCGGCACUGGUUAAAGUGGUCGGUGACAACAAAGACCUCUACGUGGGCCACGACGCUUGGUUCCUCUAUAAAAGUAUGCUGAGAAUUCAAAAGAAAUACACAUUUCCCUGGCACUAUGCGCCUGACGCUACGGGUCUAGAUGGUGUAAUUCCUGGCCACACGAUCACAAUGUCCUCUUACGCCGGGAAGCUCGUCUCCUUGGACGACUUCUACUUGACGUCAGCUGGACUGGCUGUCACCGAGACGUCGAUUGAGAACAGCAACCCCGACCUGUGGCAACUGCUUGAUCCAGAGGCGGCACCACUUACCUGGGUGCGCGCCAUGGUGGCGACGAGGCUGGCUACAUCAGGACGCGAAUGGGUUGAUAUCUUCGCGAUGAAGAAUAGUGGCACGUACAACAACCAGUGGAUGAUUGUCGACUACAAGUUGUUCAAGCCUGGAACUGCCAUUGUGAACGACACUCUGUGGAUCCUCGAACAAAUGCCAGGUAUAAUGCGGCAGGGAGACGUCAGUGAUGUCCUUCGUAAGCAGAGCUACUGGCCAAGCUACAACGUUGCCUACUUCGAUGAUAUCUUCGUGAUUAGUGGUCAAACGGCACUUGUGGAACAGUAUGGGGACUACUACAGCUAUGACAAGGCUCCCAGGGCAAACAUAUUCAGGAGAGACCACGGCCGUGUGACGGACCCGGCAUCAAUGACGGGACUCAUGAGGUACAAUGACUACACCAAUGACCCCUUCUCCUCGUGCAACUGCACGCCGCCCUACAACCCAGUGUACGCCAUAUCCUCCCGCUACGACCUGCUUGACCCGCACGGAAAGUACGACGUUCCCAGAAUGUACCGACGGCCUGUCGGUGGCAUCGAUAUGAAGUUCACCACGUACGACAAAUUCAAAAGGCUGCAGUUCAUCGCAAUUAGCGGACCUACUGGAAACCCGCUGCCGACGUUCGAGUGGAGCACGAGUGGUUUCAACGACAGUCACGUCGGGCACCCGGACCGGUGGGAAUUCGGUCCCGUGGAGAAUGUCUGGGGAUCCUGCUCAUAGAGUGGUGGUGGUAGCUAAAAGAAAUAAACCGCAAUGGACUAAUGGCGCUGAACACGUCCCUUGUGUUUAUAGGGAAUAAC